CUUACGUGAAAUUUCCUGGAACUAUUUUGUCAUUUUGGUCGGAAGUAAACAUUUUUUAUGUCAAAGAAGGAGCCAAAGCCAACGCUGACCGGUCAACGCAUAAAGACCAGAAAAAGGGAUGAAAAACAGAAACUUGAUCCUUAUGAAUUCCGUCAGAAAAUCAUUGAGACUCUCAACGCAGCUGGCAACAAUCUAGAUGAAGUAUCUGCUCAGCUUGACCAGAAAGGGUCACAGGAAUACAGGACUUAUGCUGACUCCCUGAUUCAUAUUCUCUUGACUGGUGGUCUCUUAGCUCCGGGUGGGAGUAUCAUUGAGGGGCCUGACACGUCCGGGGUAUAUCGCUCCGAUGUCUGUGUGUUCCUGGCACCCGGCGAUGAUGAGACACUCCUCGCCUAUCGGCAGGUAUUCCAUAAGCUCAUCCGGCGUUACCGCUACCUGGAGAGGGUCUUCCAAGAUGAGAUGACAAACAGGAUCAUACCCUGUAUGAAAGGGUAUAAGGAGCAAGAACGCUCCAAUCUGGCCAAGAUAACCGCCAUGUUUAUGGCAGUGAACCAACUGGACGCCGGCUGCCUCAAACACCUCUUUACUGAUCCUCUUGUAAAGGAUGAUUUGGCACUGAAUUUUGCAACAGAGAUGUUCCGCACCUGGUUCAAGUACAGCAAUGUCCGGGAAAUCAAGAAGACUCUGACUGCUGCUGGCAUGGAAGGCAAACUCAUGCUUCUGUUCCCAUUGAACAAGCGUAGCAUGGAUAACUUCGAGAAGCAUUUCUCGGAGGCGGGUCUGGAGCAGAUCAUUGAAUACCAGAAGAACUAUCAUCUCUUCGUGAGCAAGAUGAAACUGCAGGAGUUCGUUGCCGAGAGCAUUGCUGAUGAGAAGAGCAUCAAGGAGAUCGUUUUGACUUGUGAAGAAAUGAUGAAGGCUGACAAACUUGGGGAGCACGAGGUUGUCAUUCAUAUUUGGAAUGCAAUAAUGAGCAACGUCGAAUGGAACAAAAAAGAAGACCUGAGGUCUGAUCGAGCGCUGCGCCAUCUGAAGGCGUACACGAAACUCAUCGCUGCAUUUACGAAGAGUGCAAAAUGUGAGAUCGCCCUCUUGCUGAGGAUUCAAGAGUACUGUUAUGACAACAUGAACUUUCAGAACCUCUUCUGCAAGAUCAUUCAGAUGCUUUAUGACAAUGAUGUGGUGAGUGAAGAUGCCAUCAAGCUAUGGUACAAGAAGAAACAUUCCUCUAAGGGCAUCAGCAUCUUCCUGGAGCAAGCCAAGAAGUUUGUGGAAUGGCUCGACACUGCAGAAACUGAAUCGGAAUCGGAAGAGGACUCCGAUGAGGAGAACAAGCAGCCGAAACAAGCCGCAGAGAACGGAGACAAUGUUGAGGCUGAAAACGGAGAGAAAACCGCAGCCGCUGCAAAGGAAGCUUCGGAUGAGGAGGAUGCAAAGAAGGGUGCAGAGAAUGAAAACUAAUCAUACUCUCCUCGUUAGGUGGCAGCACCCAGCUCGUGACGCGAAAUUCAUUAUUUUCCCUCGCUGAAUCUUUUUCUGCGUGGUUGGAGGUGUUCAGUUGAUGUACAUUAAAUGACUAAUAGUACAAUGUAUUUGUAAGUGGGUGCCAUCCAACUGGAAUCAUUUUCUACUUGUAAAGCAUGUAAAAAUAUAGAAAUGCCCAAUUUAUUUCUAAUAUCUAAUUGGUAGAUUAGUUUUGUAAACAGAUUCAGAGAUUACCGAUAACAUUUGAAGGAAUUAGGAAUACUAAUAUUUUUUUCUAAGAGGCCCUAAAAUCAAAUCAUGUCAAAGGAAUACAGUUCCUGAAGUCCUUCUGAAAACUGCAUGUAAAAAAGCUGUACCCUUCGAAUCAAUUUUCCUCAAUAAUUUGUUCUAUUGAUCUGUAUAAAUGUUUUGGCAGUGUUCAGAUCCAUUCAAGCUCUUGUUAUGGUCUGACUUCAGUUGUAUCUCACCCUGGUGAUUUAUUUUAAAAUACUCUAUAGAAAGUGAUGUGUGUUCAGUCAACUCAGGGCAUGUUUUUCAUUUACACGCGGAUCCAGUGGGAACCUGUCUAAAAGUGGAUCUAUUAUAUGUUGUCAUACCAUAGUAGUUGUAAUAAGAUCAAUUACACAUAAGACUGAAAAAUCGUCUUGUCUCCAGUUAGAUGUUGUGUGAAGUCUUGUACAGUAUUAUCAUUGAUUGCUCUGUGGACAGUAGAGUUAUCAACUGAUGUGAUGUUUUCCUUGUAAGUUUUCAUACUGUCUCAUGUUGUGAGACACCCAGCUGUUUCACUGAAGUAUUCUGUCACAAGUCAAACGGAUUCCCAGAGGUUUUGUUUAGUCUUCUCUGAUAGUCCUUUAUGAGCACAAACAUCUUUAUAUUCUGUCAGAUGUUCCUAAUCAGGACAACGUUGAAUGAAUUUUUUCCUUUGAUUGUCUUGGAAAUGAAGAAAAGAAAUGCAGCAUGAAGUAUACGAUCGAAUAAAAUUGAAUUGGGUCACA